AUGUUGAAUGAGGACUCAAAUUCAAGCAACUCCACAGAGAUCAUUCCUCUGACGGCUCGAUCAAACUUGUUUGUUCCAGACUUUGAAACUCCCAAGAUAACUCUAUCUGAGGUACUGAACAAAGUUUCCAUGUAUAUUGGAGGGCUACCCAAGUCGUACACAGAGUCUGAUCUAAUGAACCUGUUUCUCCCAAUCACGAGAGUGGGUUCGGUCAAAGUGUGUACUGACAGACAUACAGGCAAGUCAUUAGGUUAUGGAUAUCUUAACUUUUAUUCGAAGAAAGAGGCUCUUCUUGCAAGGGAUGUUUUGAAUUACAAGAAGGUUCAAGGCCAUGAAAUUCGAAUCCUCCCUGCAAAUUACGAUUGGCAGAAUUGCGGAACCAAUCUUUUUUUCAUGAAGCUACCUGUCGAGUUUAAGAAUACCCGACAACUUUACGAGUUUUUCAACAGAGAUGGUGAAAAUUUACUUCGUUGUAAACUAAACAAACCCCAAAACACAGCUUAUGUCCAGUUCACUAAACCUGAAGAGGCUGCUGAAGUGAUGAAGAUGUACGAAAAGGAUGACAAUGUCGUUUGUGUAGUUUAUGAGUCAACUGUGAAAAAGUCGAGUGAGUUAAAGCAAGAAGUAAAACUGAAAAAGCAGCAACGUUUACUUACAAACAAGAAGGCGGUGUUCAUAAAGAAUCUUCCGUUUGUAUACUCCGAAGCACAGGUCCGCAAAGAUUUUGAUGUUGCCGAAGCAAGCGACACGAUAAUUGUAAGACAAGAACCAAGAUAUCAAAGUAGUUGGGCUAUAUUGUAUUUCAAACUUAAUCAGAUAGCCAAAUCAUUCUUGGAGCUCAACAAAAAUAAAGUAAUUGAGGGAAAACCAGCUAUAAUGACCUACGUUAAAGAAAAGGAUCAAAGAAAGCCACGUAAUUUAAUCUUAAUCAACAACAUAGCCAACUAUAUUUCCGAAGAAAUGAUUCACAGCUGGUGUGGGAAUUGUGGGGUUGUUGUCAGCAUCAAACUGGAAGACGAUUUUGGACAUGUUGAAAUGGCCCAAAAGGAAGCGUGUCUUCAGGCAAUGAAAAGAAUGAGAACUUAUGGAAUAGUUUCUUUUUUCGUCCAAGAGUAUGCCAACACCACCUUUAAGAGACUAGUAUCGGCAAGUCCGUCUCCAACACCUACAAUUAAUAUGCCAGUGAUGUACCCUAUAGGGCUUCCCCCUUUAUUGGAAGCAAGGCCUAUUGCUUUCAAUGUAACUAACAAUGGAAGGGUAAUUCAAGUUCCCUGUGUUGCUCCCGACUAUGCGGCAGUUCUGAGACAAUUUGAAAGGAUAUAUGAGCUGGUCUCAAAAAUUAUUAGCACGGACCCAGAGUUCAAGUACUACAAAUCCAAAUUUGACACUGAAUGGAUCGCAAGAGAAAUUUAUGAGUCUUGCUAUAAGCAAGACCCAGAGUUUCUUUACAGGAAGAUUGAAAAAUACGAUAUAGAAGCGUUCAAACAUCGCAUCCAAAACCUUAUUACAGGAUGUUCAUAA